CAGCUUCUGAGACCUAACAUAUAUUUUUCCCCAAAAGUUUAUUCCUUCUGAAGUGUGUGCAGAAACCCUGGUGACUACACUGUGGUCUCAUCCCCCAUCCUGUGAAUCUGCUCUCUCAGGUGAGUGGUUUGGGGCCUGGCAAACCUAUCACAUGCUACACUUGCUUUCUUUCAGAGAUCUGAAGCUGGACAAUGUGCUGUUGGACCACGAGGGUCACUGUAAACUGGCGGACUUUGGAAUGUGCAAAGAGGGUAUUUGUAAUGGAGUCACCACAGCCACCUUCUGUGGCACACCUGACUACAUUGCUCCAGAGAUCCUCCAGGAGAUGCUAUAUGGGCCAGCAGUCGAUUGGUGGGCCAUGGGCGUGCUGCUCUACGAGAUGCUGUGUGGUCACGCGCCCUUCGAGGCUGAAAAUGAAGAUGACCUCUUUGAGGCCAUACUGAAUGAUGAAGUGAUCUACCCUACCUGGCUCCAUGAAGAUGCCACAGGGAUCCUCAAAUCUUUCAUGACCAAGAACCCCAGCAUGCGCCUGGGCAGCCUGACUCAGGGAGGUGAGCAUGCUAUCUUGAGACAUCCUUUCUUUAAAGAAAUCGACUGGGCCCAACUGAACCAUCGCCAGAUAGAACCACCUUUCCGACCCAGAAUCAAAUCUCGAGAAGAUGUCAGUAAUUUUGACCCUGACUUCAUAAAAGAAGAGCCAGUUUUAACUCCAAUUGAUGAGGGACAUCUUCCUAUGAUUAACCAGGAUGAGUUUAGAAACUUUUCUUAUGUGUCUCCAGAAUUGCAACCAUAGCCUUAUGGGGAAAGAGAGCUGGUAUGAGAAUCAAAAGGGAAUAGAGACUUUCCAGGAAUUUCCUUUGUGGGAACUCCCCAGCAUCCGCCUUAGAACACCAACUUUACCUUCAAAACAAAUGUUCACAACUCUGUGAAGGAUGGAGCUUCAAGAGAUCAACUAUUUCAAGUCCCAAGGGAGCUGUAGUUCUGGGACUAGUUGAUAAUGAAAUGAGAUUUUAUGAAGACAUAGAUGUUCAAUCUAUGAGUUUCCAUGGCUAUUUCAGACCUGGGAUAUUAACAGGAGCCAAAAAGAGAGAAGGCAUGAAGAAUAAAGUAGGUCCUAGAAGUUCUGAGCCAAACAGGCCUUUUACUGUAAGAGACAAAUCAAGACUUUCUGUGGACUACUUUGUGUUCUUUAAGUCAAUGAACCCCUAAAACCACAGUCUGCAAGAAGACUCUAAAUGCUAAUGAAGAAUUUAAAGGUUUUUCUAAGGAAAUGAAUAGAUUUCCAAGUAAUGAUUUACACUGAAGAAACAAACAAACAAAAAUGGUGUACCUAAUUAAGUCCCCAACUUAAAGCCCAGUGUGAAAACAGAUACUGGGCACCAAGACAAUGGCCACAACAGGUUCUCUCACCCUUACUUUGAUUAGCUAGAUAUUUAUUGAAAGUCCAUUGAGUGUCCAUAAGGUGUCAUUAUGCCCAGUAUCGUAAACAGUAGUUACCUUCAUAAAGCUUUCAUUCAUUCUGGGUUCCACUAAUUUACCUGAAUGGUGUUUGCAUUCUGUGACAUGCCUUUCCACAUUGCCUCUGCCACAGUUCUUUGUCUACACAUACUUUCUUUUUCACAGAAGGGUCACCGCCACAACACAGACAAACAGGCAAGCUUCCAGUGCAUGCUGCCCGCUGACCUGUGGAAUCUGAUUAUGGCUCCGGACUCAUCAGUGAGGAACUGCACGCCACUCGUAUCCAUGACCAGAUGUACAGCUUCUCCAUUAGCAGUUUAUUUAAGUUAUGUUUGCAGAGACAGUUUGUUUGAUAUACACUUUAAUAAUUAGAAGUGGAUCUUGUAAAGAGGGCUAGAGAAAAGACGGACCUUAUAAUGUGUAACCACAUAUGCAACUGGAGAAUUUUAUCUGGCUGGAAAUAAAUGCAUUUUGUAACAAAAGGAACUUUUCUGUUCGGAAGGAUUUGUUCUCUCUUCACUAGGAGAGUUGAUUUCCAAUCAGAAUUAAAAGCCUUUGAGGACUGGGGCAAGGCUCAAGUGGUAGAGUGCUUGUCCACCAAGUACGAGGCCCUUUGUUCAAUCUCCAGUACCACCAAAAGUAAUUAAUUAAUUAAAAUAAAAGCUUUGAGCAGAAUGGAUCGAGCUCUUGACUGAAGGGACACUCCUGAGAGGAGAGUUUGACAUUAGCUUCUCGUAUCCCAAAAGUGGAUAUGGCCUGUCUCUUACUGAU